AUGUGCGAGAGCUAUGGCAGCUCGCUGCUGCGUGUGUCGGUGGCGCAGAUCUGCCAGGCUCUGGGCUGGGACGCCGUUCAGCUCACCGCCUGCGACCUGCUGGCAGAUGUGCUGCAGCGAUAUAUCCAGCAGAUGGGCCGAGUGUGCCAUCGCUACUCGGAGUUGUAUGGAAGGACGGAUCCUGUGCUGGACGACGUGAGCCAGGCUUUCCGGCUGCUGGGGGUAUCUCUGAGUGAACUGGACGAUUAUGUCAACAACCUGGAGCCCGUGGCCUUCCCCCAACAGUUGCCGGCCUUCCCUGUUAGCAAGAACAAUGUCCUGCAGUUCCCUCAGCCUGGCACGUUCAAUAUCGAAGAACGGAAGGACUAUAUUCCGGAUUACAUGCCGCCUCUGGUCUCUUUACAAGAAGAAGAGGAGGAGGAGGUGCUUCCCGACAUGGGCACAUCAGCCGAAGCAAUGCAGGUGGCGAUGGAGGAGGACGAGGAGGACUUUGAUGACGAAGAGACUGUCAAUGACGAAAACCACCCGCUUAAGAGACCCCUAGACAGUCCUGACGAGGCCCUAGGCAUGAUGCCCACAUCCAAGAGGCCACGCAUGCUUCCCGGUCUCAGCCCCGAGUGGGGCGUGGAACCCCGCGAACCCCUCACUUCCCUCAACCCUCAGCGCGUGCCUCCUCCGGGCAUGCUGCCCUCCCACGAUAGCCUUGAUCCACUGUCGCCCGAAACGCCACCAGGAGCGCUGCCAUCAUUCAGACCUCAGCCUAUCACACCAAAAUACCCCGAUGCAAAGGCCCUCACCACCCCAGGAAGAAAGACGAAAGUCUCCUCGCCUGGUAGGCAAAGAACUAAGUCCCCAAAAGGGCUCAUUCCUUCCUCGGGUGCUGGCAGUCCCAUUCAUUCUCCACCUAAAACUUCCAAGGAGAGGAAAAAAUCUCCAGCCAGGACCAAGAGUCCCAAAAGUCCCAAAAGCCCAAAGACUGCGGCAGCCAAACCACCUCAACCGCCGAGUAAGACGGACGGUGUUUACAAACUGCCGUUAUCUGUACUUAGUGAGCGCAUGGGCAAGGAAAACAUCCACAUGCGGCACAAUGUGGACAACAAGGAACCUGACGGAAGCUCUUUCCUCAAAGCGGAGCCCGACAACGGUGCCAUCGAGGACUCUAUCAGCGCCGUGAUUGCCAAAGCACGUUCCGAACGUGAGCCCGACCCCUUUGCCUUCUCCUCGGGCUCUGACUCGGACAGCAACGGCUUCUCCAGCCCCAGGAGGUUGACCAUCAUGGACCCGGCUACGCCUAAAGCCCCGCCGGGCGGUGGGCUCUCCACGUCCACGCCGCUUCACCUGCAGCUGGGCACGGGAAAGUGGACCAUGGAAGACUCCAUCAACGAAGUGAUCCGCAAGGUCCACCAAGGCGGGCCCUCGGUACGACCGCCCAACCACGAGGAGUACGUUUCGUCCGGGUCGGCCUCGCCGCCGACGCCCGAACCGUUGCUGAAAACUUUCGAGGAGAAAACCAAGAUGUCAGCGGUGGAAGUGAAGAAGAAGCUGAAGAAGGAGCUGAAAACCAAACUAAAGAAGAAGGAGAAGCCCAAGGACAAGGAACGAGAGAAGGACAAAAGCAAGGUGAAGGAGAAGAACAAGGAGAAGAACAAAAACAAGGACUUGUCCAAGGACGGUAAGAUUCUCUGGAAAGAGUUUGGCUUGAAGGACGACGAACUCUUGGGCCAGCGGGACUCGGCGCUAACCGAGGGCUCCGUCAAGAUGAAAACCAAGGACGGGGACGGCACCUCUAAGAAAGAUAAGGAAAAGCACAAAGACAAAAAGAAAGACAAGGAAAAAGGCAAGAAGGAAAAGGAGAAGAAAGGCAAAGACAAGAACAAGGACGACAGGCAGAAACAAGCCAUCCUGACCCCCGGGAUGCCCGCGGCCCUGGGGGAGGUGCCCGUUCUCUUCGGCCCCUCGUCCUGCCAGCGCUUGCCGGCCAUGAUGCCGCCCUUGUUGCCUCUCCUCCAGGAUGGCAAGAGCAAGGACAAGAAAAAAGACAAGAAGGAGAAGAAAAAGAAGAAGGAAAAAGAGCGAGAGAAGGCCAAGGAGAAAGAGCGAGAAAAGGAGGAGAAAAGGAAAGAAAAGGAGCGGGAGAAGGAAAAACGGGAGAAGGAGAAAGAGAAAGAGAGACUGAGAUUGGAGAAGAUGAAGGCUGACACACCAGUUGUAGCCCCUUCUCCGGUCAUUCCUCGACUGACGCUCCGAGUGGGUGGCCAGGACAAAAUUGUUAUAAGCAAGGUGGUUCCCAACUCUGAAGCGAAAUCCCAAACCCCCAAGACGCCUGCCCCGAAAUCCACCCCAGCGAAUCGUCCCCGGUCGCCCCCGCCACUUCCAGUUCUGUUGCCGCCCCCGCCGUGUGUGCCCGGGCCCCCCUCGCCGCUGCCGCCGGCUCCCGCGCCGUCAUCGGCGUCGCUGCUUUCUCCGGCCCCUCUGCUCUCGCCCUCUUCUUCCCUCAAGACGCCUGUUCGCAGUGUGGUCACUGAGACGGUCAGCACAUACGUGAUUCGAGAUGAGUGGGGAAAUCAGAUCUGGAUCUGUCCCGGAUGCGACAAGCCGGAUGAUGGCAGCCCUAUGAUUGGAUGUGACGACUGUGACGACUGGUAUCACUGGCUUUGCGUGGGGAUUUUGACGGCACCCCCCACAGACCAGCAGUGGUUCUGUGUCAAAUGUUCCAGCAAGAAAAAGGACAAAAAACAUAAGAAGAAAAAACACAAACCGCAUUAA